UUCAUUGCAUAGCCGCGUCCAAUCAGGGUGGCUGGCCCGAGUGGCGCUCCCGGCGUGCGGCUGGCCAAUAGCAGCCCUCCUUGGGAGAGGAAGCGGUGGGACACGGCCGGCCCUGUAUCCCGUGAGGGGACCAUGAUCUCGGGGAAGGGGCGCGGCCUGACGGGACGCCCGCCAGUCGCGUCGCGGCAAGGCGAAGUGGGGGAGGUGCUGGAGGCCGCUCUGGCCAAUGGCGGCUGCGAGGGGCGGGGCCUACGGACAGGCGGGUUCGGGUGUCUCCCGGCUCCAGCCCUCGCUGCUGCUGCUCCUGCUGCCGCCGCUUCCUCACCAUGGGCAACGUCCUGGCUGCCAGUUCCCCGGCGCCCCCUCCUGCAAUUCCAGGGCCAGGCUCUGGUUUAGUGUCGGUACCACCUGGCUUUGCCAUGCCCCCUGUCAGUGGGCUGGUCCCCCCAUCACAAGAUCGCGCCACAGAAGACAAGUGUGACCAGCUUCCCAACCCAGGCACCUUUGAGGAGUGUCAUCGCAAAUGCAAAGAAUUAUUUCCCAUCCAGAUGGAGGGUGUGAAGUUGACAGUGAACAAAGGUCUCAGCAACCACUUCCAAGUCAAUCACACGGUAGCUCUCAGCACAGUUGGUGACUCCAAUUACCACUUUGGGGUGACCUACGUCGGGACAAAGCAACUUAGCCCCACGGAGGCCUUCCCUGUGCUGGUGGGUGACAUGGAUAACAGUGGCAGCCUCAAUGCACAGAUCAUUCACCAGCUCACAAACAAAGUUCGCUCCAAGGUGGCCUUCCAGACGCAACAGUCCAAGUUUGUGAAUUGGCAGGUGGAUAGUGAAUACCGGGGCGCAGACUUCACUGCUGCCGUCACACUGGGGAACCCUGACGUUUUAGUGGGUUCAGGGAUCCUGGUGGCACAUUAUCUCCAGAGCAUCACGCCAUGCUUGGCGCUGGGUGGGGAGCUGGUAUACCAUCGGCGCCCUGGAGAGGAGGGGACAGUCAUGUCGCUGGCUGGGAAAUACACAGCACCUAACUGGAUCGGGACCCUGACAGUAGGACAGGCAGGAGCACACGCUACGUAUUACCACAAAGCCAGCGAUCAGCUCCAGGUGGGGGUGGAAUUUGAAGCCAGCACUCGUAUGCAGGAUACAAGCGUAACGUUUGGGUACCAGCUGGACCUUCCCAAGGCUAACCUGCUCUUCAAAGGCUCUGUCGACAGCAACUGGAUUGUGGGAGCAGCCUUGGAAAAGAAGCUCUUGCCGCUGCCCCUCACGCUGGCCAUGGGCGCCUUCCUCAACCACCGCAAGAACAAAUUCCAGUGUGGCUUUGGCCUUACCAUCGGCUAAACCGCUCCCCUCUGCCGCCUCUCUGCCCCCACGGAUUCAGUGCCGCUCGCGCCCCCUUCACCCUCCACCCGCAUCCUUGUUUGGCCAGCAGUAGCCUCCAUGGGGCAUAGAGGGCUCUGUGUGUGUUUGUGUGUGUGUUGGGGGCGCCCAGAGAGCAGGGGCAUGGGGGCAGGACGUGUUGGGCACUGGGAGAGUCUUCCUCCCUCCCACCAGGAGCAGCCAGCUGGUUCUCAGGGAACUCGGAGGCAGGUAUCUGUAUGGGGUCUCUCAUGGGCUUGGGGCAAAGAACGUCUUCCCAUCUCCAUCCAGUCUGUGGACCGCUGCUCUGCCUUCCUGCUGCCGCUAGGUGGCGGUGUUGCUUCGGGGAUGGAGGGGGAGUGCUUCCCCCCCCCCCACUUACUUUCUAAGGGAAUCUAUGGCUGCUAACCUAAUGCAGGAGGUGGUGGAAGGGGCGAAUGGCCCAGGGCCGGUGCUGGGGGCUUAGCAUGAGGCUUGGGCUGGAAUAGACAGGGUGGGGCAGGCGGCCUUCUGGAGCAUGGGCUAUGCCAAACUCUGCUUGCCUGGCUUGGGGCUUGGCAUCCUGCUCUCACCCACAGGCAGGCAAAUGCUGCUCUGACGGUUUUUUGUGGUUUUUUUGGUUUUUUUACAAGUAUCUGAGCAACUGUCCUGUCCUGCAGGGCCUUAACUCCUGCCCUUGGUAUGUCUUCUACCUUUCCUGCUCUAUUUCAAGGAAGUCAACUCCCAGGACCUGCCCUCUCUUCUUCUUUGUUUUUAAACCAGCCGUCUUGCGUUUUGAGGUGUCCUGCCGCCUUCCCUCAGGUUCCCCUACACCCUCCUUGCCCCUGGCGCCAGUUUCUGCAGGAACGGUCUUGUGUUUCUGUAUUUGCUGGGCGUCAGGGCGUCCAUCCUGUGAGGCUGCACCGAGAAGCUCCACGGGACCAUUGGGAGAGACACCCGCCUGUGUGCCCACCACUCACUGCGGAGACAAGUGGGGGAAUCUCUGCAUGCCCUCCUCCCCUCCCACCACCAGAGACUGAGUGUAAAUCAUGUUUAUAAGUUAUGGGGAAUGAAAGGAUCUUUUACAGAAGGGGGGCGGGAACGCAAGGUGAGAGCCCCCUGACUCCCCUGCGAAGUUGGAAAUGUCCACUUUCAAUAAACAACCAUCUAUCACCUUU